AUGGGAAUCCACGGCCUGGCCAAGCUGAUUGCCGACGUGGCUCCUGGCGCCAUCCGGGAGAAUGACAUCAAAUCUUACUUUGGACGGAAGGUCGCUAUAGAUGCGUCCAUGAGCAUCUACCAGUUCCUGAUCGCCGUGCGGCAGGGAGCUGAAGUCCUUCAGAACGAGGAGGGCGAGACCACAAGCCACCUGAUGGGCAUGUUCUACCGGACCAUCCGCAUGGUGGAGAACGGCAUCAAACCGGUUUACGUCUUUGACGGCAAGCCCCCGCAGCUGAAAUCGGGGGAGCUGGCAAAGCGGACUGAGCGGCGGGCUGAGGCCGAGAAACACCUGCAGGAGGCUCAGGAAGCCGGAGAGGAGAACAACAUUGAGAAGUACAGCAAGAGGUUGGUCAAGGUGACCCAGCAGCACACUGAUGAGUGCAAGAAGUUACUAACGCUGAUGGGCAUCCCCUAUGUGGAGGCGCCGGGGGAGGCCGAAGCCAGCUGCGCUACCUUGGUGAAGGCUGGGAAGGUCUACGCGGCCGCCACGGAAGAUAUGGAUUGCCUGACCUUCGGCAGUCCCGUACUGAUGCGGCAUCUUACUGCCAGCGAGACGAAGAAGCUGCCCAUCCAGGAGUUCCACCUGAAUCGUAUUCUGCAGGAUCUAGACCUGACCUGGGAACAGUUUGUGGAUCUGUGUAUCCUCCUGGGCUGCGACUACUGCGAGAGCAUCCGUGGCAUUGGGCCCAAGCGUGCCAUCGAGCUCAUCAAGGAGCACAAAACCAUUGAGAAGAUCGUUCAGCAGAUAGACACCAAGAAGUACCCUUUGCCUGAGAACUGGUUGCACAAAGAGGCCCAGAAGCUCUUUCUAGAGCCUGAUGUGGUCAACCCCGACGCCGUUGAGCUCAAGUGGACCGAGCCGAAUGAAGAGCAGCUCGUCCAGUUCAUGUGCGGAGAGAAACAGUUCAACGAAGAGCGGAUCCGCAACGGGGUGAAAAGGCUGAGCAAAAGCCGUCAGGGCAGCACGCAGGGCCGGCUGGACGACUUCUUCAAGGUGACGGGCUCCAUCACGUCAGCCAAGCGCAAAGAGCCGGAGACCAAGGGGUCAGCAAAGAAGAAAGCCAAGACCAACAACACCACAAAGACCAAAAAAGGAAAGUAGCCAGGCUGGCCGGCCACAAACCCCUGGGAUUGGUUUUUUUUUUAAUGCUCAACCAGGAAUUUUAGGCUAAU